AAUUGACUCGAUUCCCGUGAUGCAAAGAACGAGGACGAAGCCGCCGUGGACUUUUCCCAAGGAUUUCUAAAGAUCCAAAACUAGACUCGGCUUCCUAAGCCUCGAUAUAUAAAUACCUGCGGACGCCCGGUAAAAGACCUGCGCCUCCGGUUCAAAGAUCGAACGAUGGAGAUCCAUGACUACCGCCGUGGCCCCAUCAUCGGCCGAGGAGCCUCCGCCACGGUCUCCCUCGCCACCUCCGUGCCCUCCGGCCAGUUGUUCGCCGUCAAGUCCUCUGACCUCGCCUUCUCCGGUCCCCUGCAGCGCGAGCAGAGCAUUCUGUCCGCGCUCGACUCGCCUUUUGUCAUCUCCUACUUGGGCUUCGACGUCGCGCUGCCCUCGCCCGGGCUCCGCCCCUGCUUCAACCUCUUCGUGGAGUACGCCCCUGGCGGCUCGCUCUCCGAGGCCAUCAAGAAGCAGGGCGGCCGGCUCGCCGAGCCCUCCAUGCGGUCCUACGCCCGCGACGUCCUCGGCGGACUCGCCUACCUCCACGCAGCCGGCGUCGCCCACUGCGACGUCAAGAGCCAGAACGUGCUGCUCUGCGCCGGCGGCCGCGCCAAGCUAGCCGACUUCGGAUGCGCGCGGCGGAGCAGCGAGACGGAUCGUCGCUUCUCGGGCGGCACGCCCAUGUUCAUGGCUCCAGAGGUGGCGCGCGGGGAGGAGCAAGGGGCGCCGGCCGACGUCUGGGCCCUCGGAUGCACCGUCAUUGAGAUGGCCACGGGGCGGCCGCCGUGGCCGCAGGCUGAGAACCCCGUAAGCGCCCUUCACCGAAUCGCGUUCUCCGAUGACGUGCCAGAGUUCCCCAGUGGGGUGUCGGGAGAUUGCAAGGACUUCCUGAGCAAGUGUCUGACAAGGGACCCGCGCGAGCGGCGGACGGCGGCGCAGCUCCUCCGGCACCCGUUCGUCGCUUCCUGUUCCGAGAUGGAUCAUCCGCCCUCGAAUUCCGAUGCAAAUCUCAACGGUGUUUCUCCUACCAGCGCUCUGGAUCAGGCGUUCUGGGAGUUGCUCUCCAAUGACGACGAGCUGACCGAGCAGUCGCCGGAGGAGGAUCCACUUGUGAGAAUGAAGAGCUUAAUCGGCGGUAACGGUCAUAAUUGGGCAUGGGAUGAGAACUGGGUAACGGUGAGAAGCCACGGCCGAGAAUUGACCUUUCCGACCACUGACCUGAUCACAGAGAACGUCGAGACGACAACAACUCCGGCGACGAUCGCGAGUGAAGAGUACUCGUUGGUCGUCAAUCACAUUGGUGCCGAAUCUGUACAUUCUAAUUUCGACUGCAUCGAUUCAAUUUCAAAUGUUAAAUGUAAAAUAAAUGUUUCAAUUAGUGACAUGGAAAGAAUCAAAAUUGAGUUUUUAAAUCGGUGUUGCGCCCCAAUUAAUUCAAUCGCAGCCAACGGAUUAGAUCUAAACAAUGUAGUGGAAUGUUUUUAA